AUGGAUAGCUGGGAAUUAGUUGCUUCAGUAAGACAACUGCCAGAGACUUUUGAUGUUGAUUUGAGUCACCCGAAACUUCUUCCAUCUUCUCAGCUGCCAUUGAAGAUACAAGAUCACAUAGACAAUUCAGAGUCUUCAGUCAAACAUGUUGUCAAGGACCAAACAGAGAUGGUUUUACUUUUGGAAAGGUACGGCAAAAGUUACUGCAUAUGUUGGCCAGUCGUUGGAUGUUGUUUGACUGACUUUUCACUGCAAGAUGUUCAUCAUCAAGUGACUGGCAAACCAGCAGAGUUGGAUAAAGACUGGAAUAAAUUACAGUUUAAAGAGUUGCUAAAUCAAUGGAGAGAAACGCAUGCUGAUCGAUUGUCGGAUGCACCUAUCAGGCUGAAUAUGAGGCUUCCAGAAUCCCUCUCAUCUCAAGCUCGAAAUACUCAAAUUGAUAUGACACCAGAGAGUUAUCUCGAGACAAAGUACUUUGAAUCACUAUUCUUCAUCCAUUUACCAUUAGCUUAUUUUGUGAAAUCCAAUUUAGAGAGAUUCAAAAGCAUGUGCAGAGGCACAUCUGCUAAAGAUCCUAAGAAGGCUUACAAAAAAUGUCUAUUCAGUAAGCUGCUUGCCAACAAGGAGUUUGACCAACGCCAUGAGAAUAAUAAACUUCUAAAGGCCCCAAUAGAGAACGACAUCGCUACCGAAAGGCGUGGGAUAGCCUUUAGUAAAUAUCUCAUUGCAGAUGAAGAUACAUUGCUUCAAGACUUUGCGACAAUCCUAAGAAUUCGAGAAAUUAAGCUGCAAAUCAUUCUCUUACUGGAAAACAUAUACAUCGAUGGGCUUGAUUCGAAUUUCAAAGAUUUCGAAACAAAAUACAGGUCUAGGCUGAAGGCAAGAUCACUUAAUGUAACAAGGCUAGUUUCUAGACGGACCAAAAAGAACAGAUCGAAAAGACUAGGCGAUAAUGAUGAUGAGCCAAAAUUUGAUUGCUGUGAACAGCUGGAUCUUUACCUCGACAAACUCUGUAUCCUGGAUGUUCUACUGGCUAGCGAGCCAUUCAAAGUCAAUAAUAACGCCAAUGUAAUCCACGAGCAUAAACAAAGCAUCUUAAACCGAAGCAAAGAAGCAUCAUCCUUGGGAUUCGCAAAUUUGGUUCUAGUACCGUACUUCACUAGGAAAGCUCCAAAUGCCAUUAGCUUCAUUGUCCAUAAGCUCAGAGGUCCAAGGCUAAAAACUAAAAAACCUACCAGGAGGAAGAACACAGUAAGUGAGCAUAUCGAUAACUUUGUUGAGAACUACACCUCCGUUGUCAAUUUGGGAUCAAGAAAUUCAUCAAUAGUGAGCCCUACUCCAUCAUCACCAGAUGGUAGCAACACUCCAGCGUCCCUUCACCAUAUGAUAAGUCCUACGCCGGAGUGCAUAAACUCUAGAACUUACUCAAAUUUGGACAGCUUUUUCGAAGGGGGACCACCGACCAAAAGAGUUCCUUCAUUCAUCUCCCGCACUUCCUCUGAUUUAACCAUGAAUCAUUUGGAGAAAAGACAGCUUUCAGUCACAGAAUUUACAUCACAGAAAAGUGUCUCAGCGGGUAGAUCUCAUUCUGCGUCAGCUAAAAGAGCUUCUUCUAGCUUCACAUCUCCACAACAAUCAUUCUGUAGGGUUGGUAAGCGUAAAAUACCAGGAAAACUCUCCAGAUCAAUGUCAAAUGUUGUCACUGACCAGGAAUCGGAUUCAGUUCAAGUCAUGAGUACACCUCUCAAGAGGAUUGAAAAGGUCUCAUCCACCCGGGUUACACUUCAGAACAUCGUUGAAAGUCCUGUGAAUACUCUAGACGCCUCAAACACACAAGCUAAGGAGGUCGAAACCAGUCCUGAUCCAACUCAGAAUCUCUUACGUGAGGUUGUAGCUCCAACAAAACCAACUUCAAGGAAAAUCGUCAGAAGGCGACUUUUCGCACCAUGA